CUUGAACCCCCCUACACGACAGACAAUGCUUGCUUGCCCGCCGGCUGAGCGCUGCGGAAAGACAGACUUCCUUGCGAAACACAGAACGACAGACAACAGAAGUGCCAAAUCCAGCUUCCCUUGGGAACGUACAGUAUAAGGUGCAGCAGGCAAAGGGACGCCGGGAUGCUGUCGCAAACUUCCUCCCCACAGCGCAAAUCAGCAUGGACCCGUAUAUCCUCAAGACGCAGUGGUGCUGCUGCUGGGAAAACCCCCGCUACCCCAACCACCCCAACAACCACCACGACAACAACCGUAGCCUUCGGAACCACAGUAACCUCCCCAAGCCGCCCACCCACCGGCCGUCCCUCCACCACAACCCCAUCCUCCCGCGAAGGCCGCUCAAGCACCCCUCACCACCACCACACUCCCACUCCCACGACCACCACCUCCUCCUUACAUGCCCACUCCACCCGCGCAAAAUACGAACACCUCCUCGCAACCCGCAACACAACAGACGCAGACCUCCGUGACAACCUCCGUAAACUCCGCCGCCUAAUCCUCUCUGAUGGUCUGCCGAGUGACGCGUCAGAUGCGCCCAACUCCGUGCUUGAUUGUUCGCUUCGUGGGAGGGUCUGGAAGGUCUUGCUUGGGAUCUAUCGACUAUCUGCGACGGAGUAUACAAGUUUGGUGGAAAGAGGGCCUGCGUCAAGCGUGGUUUAUGAAAAGAUCAAGAAUGACACGUUUAGGACCUUGGCGACGGAUAAGAGGUUUCUCGCGAAAGUGGAUGAACAUAUGAUUUCGAGGGUGCUCAAUGCGUUUGUCAAUAAGAUGAUGGACGUCCCACCAUCACGCCUGCUGAACCUGACCUACACCUACGUGCAAGGCAUGAACGUGCUCGCCGCGCCGUUCCUAUACGUCAUGCCUGAACUCGACGCGUUCUACACAUUCACCGCCUUUGUGCAGAACGCGUGCCCGCUGUACGUCCAGCCGGCGCUUGAGGGCGUGCACUGUGGUUUGCGCCUCCUCGACAAAUGCUUCCAAGUCUGCGACCCCAUCCUUUACCGCUACCUCAAAUCCAAAAAACUCACCGCAAAGCUCUACGCCUUCCCCUCAGUCUUAACCUUCUCCGCUUGCACCCCACCCCUCCCCCCCGUCCUCCACCUCUGGGACUUCCUCCUUGCGCACGGCCCACACCUCAACCUCCUCUGCAUCAUCGCCCAGCUCCUCCUCAUCCGAUCCGAGUUACUGGCCUCACCGCAGCCGAUGAAACUUUUGAGGACGUUUCCGGAGAUUGAUGCGAAGCGGGUUGUGCAAGUUACGGUGGGGCUGGUGGCGAGGUUGCCCGAGGAUUUGUAUGAUAUGCUGGUGAGGCAUCCGUUCGAUGCGGGCAUUUAUGAUGUUGUUAUGGGGGAGGUGGGGGAGGACGGGGGGGAGGCGGGUGAGGGGGGAAUGGAGUGGGCGGAGGCGUGAUGGAUGGGGUGUACGAUAGGAGUUGACGGAUGCCAGUGGCACAUGAGCGUUUAUCGUAUACAUUCUAUGUACAUGGAGAGAUAUCUUCGAAUGCGAACUAAAUUUCGACCUAUGUACCAUGUCGAAUGUACAUUAACAACUGUGCGAUUGUCGCUUGAUGCCUACAUAUAUGCUACGAACUUCUUUCUCCCAAAGGCCGUUCUCAG